AUGCCUUGUAUUGAAGAUAAUUUCAGCAAACAGGAACUAUAUAGGCCUUUUGAAACUCGUGGCGACGUAGUAGGAAGAUUCACCGGAUGGAACUCGGAGUUCGACGAGCGCCAGGACAUCCGGCUCGAAGGACCAUAUGACGAUAGCAGCAGCAGCAGAUUAACGCACGUGCAUGAUGGCGAAAUGCGACUUCGAAGUAUCGAGACGUCGUUCAACCUGAUCAAAGUCUUCGUUGAAAACUUCGACGAAGAAACUCAGUCGAUGGAAGUUCCCGUUCGGCUGGAAAACCUGGCCGUGUUGUGGGUGGACUUCGGCAAAACGCAAGCCGAGCUCGAAGCAGCUGAUGUUGACGACAAUGCGGUGAUGGAGCAUCAGCUAAAGCAGCGGGCCCAGUUCGAGACGGACUACUACCGGGUGAAGGGGUUCUUGCUGUCCGUUAAUAAAAGUACAUCGCCUCAGAGCUCCCACUCUUGUCACUCCAGUGCGCAUUUCCCUACUUCUUCGCAAAUUCGGCUCCCAGAUGUAAAACUUCCUGUUUUUAAUGGCGCUCUCGAAAAUUGGUUGAAUUUUCAUGACUUAUUUAUUUCGUUGGUGCAUUCGUCAACUGAAUUGUCCAAUAUUCAGAAGUUUUAUUAUUUGCGUUCGUCAUUAGCGGGGGAUGCGUUGAAGCUGGUACAAACAAUUGCGAUUAGCGCCAACAAUUAUCCAGUUGCAUGGAACUUGCUGAUUGACCACUUCCAAAAUCCUGCACGUCUGAAGCAAGCCUAUGUCGACUCCCUUUUUGAGUUUGCUCCGUUGAAAAAGGAAUCUGCAAGUGAUCUUCAUUCUCUGGUGGAACGAUUCGAAGCUAAUGUCCGCAUCUUGAAGCAGUUGGGAGAGAGAACCGAGUUUUGGGACGUGUUGCUGAUUCGUAUGCUCAGUAUUCGUCUCGACCCCACUACACGAAGGGAUUGGGAAGAAUUUUCGUUGACUCAUGAGGCAGCUACCUUCCCAGAUCUGGUCAGCUUUCUUCAGCGGAGGGUCACCGUUUUGCAGAGUGUGAGCAACGUUCAACUGGACACUUCCUCUUCUUCAGCACCCAAAAAACCGGUUCAUCGAUCAGCAGUCAUCAGCAAUGGAGCCACUCAAGUUUCACCACGCCAAUGUUUCGCCUGCUCUGAACACCAUCCACUUUAUCUAUGUCAGACGUUCGCCAAGAUGACCAUCGAAGACAAGGACAAACUAGUACGCCGUCAACAACUCUGUCGGAACUGCCUACGGAAGGGACAUCAAUCCAGGACUUGUCAAUCGAAAAACUGCUGUCGAAAAUGCCGAGGGCGCCACCAUAGUCAACUAUGCAGCACAGGUACCAGCCAGGGUGAAUCCAGCAAGCCGAGAGCGGAGGGCAAUACAUCCAGGGAUCCUGACCCUUCCAGCCAAGAAGUGUCAUCAUUAUCUGCAGCAGUCGGGAAACUUCCAAAGAAGGGUCACCCUAACAAGGUGCUUCUAGCAACGGCCGUGAUCAAACUGACGGAUGAUUACGGCAAUACUCACUUCGCCAGAGCGCUCCUCGACUCGGGUAGCGAAUGCAACUUCAUCACCGAGUCAUUUGCGCAAAAACUCAAAGUUCGUCGCACCAAAGUUCACCUCUCCAUCUCCGGAAUUGGUCAGUCAUCCACUCAAUCUCGCUCCAAGCUUCGCACCACAAUUCACUCUCGAGUUACCGGAUUUUCGACCAUCGUAGAGCUCCUCGUACUGCCUAAACUCACUCUAAGUUUGCCAUCCGCCACUUUAGACAUUUCUAAUUGGAACCUUCCGAAAGAAAUUCAGCUCGCAGAUCCUAACUUUUACCAAAGCAACCCUAUCGACAUCGUCCUUGGUGCAGAAAUAUUCUUCGAUCUUUUCAAACCGCCUGGCAGAAUUCCUCUCGGAGAUUCACUGCCUGUUCUUGUGAAUUCUGUUCUGGGAUGGGUUGUUUCUGGGAAAGUUACCAACUCUACUGCUACCAGCUCCGUUAUCGCCAAUCUUGCCACCGUCGCAGAUAUUUAUCGCCUCAUGCAACGAUUCUGGAUCAUCGAAGAGGCAGAUUCAGCUCCCUGUAUGUCAGUGGAAGAAGCAGCCUGCGAAAAGCACUUUUCGCAGAACGUUCAACGCACCCCAGAAGGUCGAUACAUCGUUCGAUUGCCGUUCAAGGAACCUGUUUCCAGCGUAGGCGACAAUCGCAGCAUAGCACAACGUCGAUUCCGCAUGGUCGAGUCUCGUUUGCAACGAGACACCAAUCUACAGGCUCAGUAUCACGACUUCAUGGCUGAAUACGUCACCUUAGGGCACAUGCAGCGAGUAGACACUUCUACUCCACCUACCCAGCAGUAUUACCUUCCUCAUCAUGCGGUGAUUCGCGAAGAUAGCUCGACUACCAAGGUGCGAGUCGUCUUCGAUGCUUCGUGCAAGUCAGGAUCUGGCAAAUCGCUCAACGACGUGCUCAUGGUCGGGGCAGUCAUCCAAGACGACCUUCGUUCCAUCAUCCUGAGAACCAGAAUCAAUCCCGUUUUGCUCAUCGCUGACAUCCAAAAAAUGUACCGUCAAAUCCUGGUCGACGAACGAGACACUCCUCUCCAGCGAAUUCUUUGGCGAAGUUCACCGGACGAGCCUCUCAGCACGUUUGAGCUGAAAACAGUCACCUACGGCACAGCUAAUGGCAUUCCUUCCGAACGACGUGCGCUUCAAUCAUCAGUCGAGCUCGCAGCUGAUCAGACCAUCAAAACCUUGGGGUUGCACUGGGAACCAGCUUCGGAUCACUUCCGGUUCCAAAUUCGGUUACCUGAACACUCUCGAGACGUGGUUCUCUGCAAAAGGUUGGCCCUCUCACAAAUCGCCCAGCUGUUCGACCCGUUGGGAUUGGUAGGCCCUGUCAUCGUUACUGCGAAAAUGUUUAUGCAGACUCUGUGGAGUCUGAACUCCGACGACGGCAAGCCAUGGGGAUGGGAUCAACCACUACCACCCUCUCUGACCACGUAUUGGCAAAAUUACUAUGCGCAAUUACCUGUCCUCGAUCAGCUUCGAAUUCCACGAUGCGUCGUGCUUCCCGAGUUUGAAUCCAUUCAGCUACACCUGUUUUCUGAUGCUUCAGAAAACGCCUACGGGGCCUGUGCCUACUUCCGAUCAAAGGACUCAUCAGGUUGUAUUUCCGUCGGCCUUCUCACUGCCAAAUCCAAAGUCGCUCCUUUGAAAAAACGCAGCAUUCCCCGGCUUGAACUUUGCGGGGCUCUCGAGGCAGCCCAAUUGUACCAGAAAAUCUCCUCAACCUUCGGAAGGAAGUUCGAAACAUUCUUCUGGGUCGACUCAACCACGGUGCUCGCCUGGCUGAAGGCGACUCCCUCAGUUUGGACAACUUUCGUGGCCAAUCGGGUUUCAAAAAUCCAGCUUGCAACAGUCGGCGCUUCCUGGAAUCACGUAGCUGGUCAAGAGAACCCUGCUGAUCAUCUGUCUCGAGGAAUUGACGCCAAAACGCUGAUCUCUUGUAAACUGUGGUGGAAUGGACCAAAUUGGCUUCGGUCCGAUGACUUUUUGCAGCUGACAUCGCUAUCAAGCACCUCCUACGAGACCCAUCUAGAGUUUCGCACAUCCAAACCGGUCGGCCUAACAGCCUCAGCAGACAGUUCCUUCAUCGACACCUUUGUUGGCCGAUUCUCGAAGUACCAAACCAUGCUGCGCGUCACAGCAUUCUGCCUCAGGUUGUCACGCAAGUCUAGAAGCGCAGAAGCCAGAAAAGGAUCCUUCCUCUCAGCGACGGAAAUUCGCGAUGCCGAGAAUGCCCUCAUACGACUUGUGCAAGCCCAAGAAUUUUCCGAGCACGUAGCAGCCCUUCAAGCAUCGAAGCCAGCUCCAAUCAGGUCCCAACUACGAUGGUUUACUCCGUUCUUGGAUGCAGAUCGCCUGAUGCGUGUUGGAGGACGGAUCGACAAAUCAUCAUUAAACUACGACGCCAAGCACCAAAUUAUUCUUCCGUGCCAUCAUCGGUUCUCCGCCCUGCUGGUGGAGUGCUAUCACGAAAGGCACUUGCACGCAGCACCACAAUUGCUGCUGGGAAUCCUUCGAUUGCGGUACUGGAUCACAGGGGCCAGAAAGCUGGCCAAGACAGUAGUUCAUCGCUGCAUAAUCUGCGUCCGAGCUCGCCCAAAAUUGGUUGAACAAUUUAUGGCAGAGCUACCAAAGGAACGCGUAAUUGCCGCCCGACCCUUUUCGGUUUCCGGAGUCGACUAUUGGGGCCCGAUCCUGCUUAAACCUCCACAUCGUCGAGCAGCCCCAAUCAAGGCAUUUGUAGCGGUGUUCGUCUGCUUUACUACGAAGGCUGUCCAUAUCGAACUCGUAUUUGACUUGACGACAGCCAAAUUCAUCCAGGCUCUUCGUCGCUUCGUGUCUCGCCGAGGGCCACCAUCAGACAUCUACAGCGACAACGGGAGAAACUUUCUUGGUGCCAGCAAUGAAUUGCGCAAACUUCUGCGCUCGUCCGACCACGCACAAGGAGUUGCUGCCGAAUGCUCCGAUUCCAACAUCAGGUGGCAUUUUAAUCCGCCACGAGCAUCUCAUUUCGGCGGAUUAUGGGAAUCCGCAAUAAAUUCCGCCCAAAAACAUUUCCUUCGAGUCGUCCGUGAUCGUCCGUUGGCCUACGACGAUAUGGACACAUUAUUGUGCCAGAUAGAGUGCUGCCUCAACUCGCGCCCGAUUACUCCACUGAGCGACGAUCCGUCGGAUUUCGAGCCGCUUACUCCAGGGCAUUUUCUAGUGGGCACCUCCCUAAAAUCCGUCCCAGAUGAGAACUUCAACGACAUCCCAUCGAAUUAUCUACGGAAGUGGCAGCAAACCCAAAAGCUGUUGCAAGACAUCUGGCGUCGAUGGCACCUAGAAUAUUUGUCAUCAUUAGCACAAAGAUCUAAGUGGUUCAACUCACCUGUGGCAUUGAAGGAGAACCAGCUCGUCCUUCUUAAGGAGGAUGGGAUUCCACCAAUUCGCUGGCCAACGGCCAGAAUCUCCAAAUUGCAUCCAGGGACUGAUGGCAUCACGAGAGUCGUCACUCUGCAGACCCCGAAAGGCUCUUGUACUCGUCCGGUGGCGAAAGUUUGCCUUUUGCCCAUUGCGUCAUCGUCGGAGGAAAUUAAAACACCGCCCGCCGCUGACCAAUAA